AUGUCCCCGAACCAGAACCGUCGCGACCAAUAUCCGUCAUCAUCCAAGCUUUAUACUUCGAGAACAAGGGGGCCUGCGGCUGACAGGAGUGGCCCACGGGAACGAAGGUAUACUGGCUCGCGCCUCCCUACGAUGAUGGCGAACUUGUGCAGUUCAGCUGAAAUCAUGCCUGCGUUUUUAUCUCACAUCAUUAUCGACGACUUGAUUCCUGUGAUCCUGCGUCCUUUGCCCCAAACACUUGCAACUGCGUGUGCUUCCACCGAAGAGGACGAAGUUAUACUCCCCUGCGCCUCCGAGCCCAUCAACGACUGUAGCCAACCUGUGCCUGGGACAAGGUGUCCCGCCGUUGCGGUCAUGGUCCAGGAAGCGAAUUUGCGGUUGUUGUUGGUUGUUGGAAACUCGAGAGACGAGAUUUCGAGAGUCUACCUCCAGGACGCGAUAAGAGGGACGCGCGCGGCUGAUGUCACCUCAUUUUGGCCAUCAUCGCCGGCUUCGCAACAUCAGAGUCUUCGCGAAGUCGCCGUUGCCCACAGAUGGACCCUCCUCUUUGUCUCGGAGCACAUCACAAAUCUUCGCCUGACAAAAUUUCCUAAUGGCCUAGACUCGCCAGACUACCAUCUUCGAGGAGAAGAGCUCUCUCUUAAGCUCUUCUCCAACGAUACCUGCGGUAAUUCCACACUACUAUAUGCAAACGCUGUGUCCUUAGCCCGAACCCUGUGCGACCGAUGUCCAGCCAUCGGCGCAUCAACGUCGGAGCCGUGGAAAACCUGUGCGCAGGUCAUCUCAAAAACUAUCCGUGUUUAUAAUGUUGCACCGGCACCUACCGCACUUUUCAAUGCAAAUGCUGCGGCAUCGGUGCAUUACCCUCCCAGCCAAUUGUCCGGUCCUCAUCUUCUGCAUUGGAUCUCGAUAUCAAGGGAACUGGCGUGUCUGGGGGUUGCAUCGCACCUCCUCCUUGCCCCCUUCCUCUUCUCCGCUGAAGAGAUCUUGUUCAAGAAGCCUGCCACCCUUGUGUACCUCUAG